AGUUCAGAAUAAGUUACCUCUUGAUGAAACAACCAGGAUGUUUGUGAAUCUGUUCUGUGCAGCAGCAGAGAGAGAACAGCAGACAGGAGAGAAGAUACUGGAGCUGUUAUCAUCAGUGUGCAGAUAUGAAGGAUUUCCUUCAUAUUACAUGGAUGGAAAAUCUCAGAGUGAUUUCCUGCUGGAUCUGUUCUCCCAUGUGAAGGACUAUGAGAGUAAAACAGGUCUGAGAGUCCUUCCAUCAUUACAGUCAGUUUUCCAGUCAGCUCCUGCAGUCUGGUCCAUAAAGCUCUCAGAGAGAAAGACCUCCGUCCUCCUGGAAGUGCUGAAACUCCAAUCAGAGAAGAAACCAGUGUAUCUGACAGGCUGGUCACAUGAAGAGAGUGAAGUGAGGAGUUUCCUGCAGUGUCUGCCUUAUAUCUCACAGCUCAGUGUUGAGCGGUUACCUCUUGAUGAAACAACCAGGAUGUUUGUGAAUCUGUUCUGUGCAGCAGCAGAGAGAGAACAGCAGACAGGAGAGAAGAUACUGGAGCUGUUAUCAUCAGUGUGCAGAUAUGAAGACUUUCCUUUAGGAUACAUGUAUGGUGAUGAAGGCUUUCAAUAUCAGAGUGAUUUCCUGCUGGAUCUGUUCUCCCAUGUGAAGGACUAUGAGACUAAAACAGGUCUGAGAGUCCUUCCAUCAUUACAGUCAGUUUUCCAGUCAGCUCCUGCAGUCUGGUCCAUAAAGCUCUCAGAGAGAAAGACCUCCAUCCUCCUGGAAGUGCUGAAACUCCAAUCAGAGAAGAAACCAGUGGAGCUGACAGGCUGGUCACAUGAAGAGAGUGAAGUGAGGAGUUUCCUGCAGUGUCUGCCUUAUAUCUCACAGCUCAGUGUUCAGUGGUUAUCUCUUGAUGAAACAACCAGGAUGUUUGUGAAUCUGUUCUGUGCAGCAGCAGAGAGAGAACAGCAGACAGGAGAGAAGAUACUGGAGCAGUUAUCAUCAGUGUUCACAAAUGAAACAUGUCCUCACAUAUACAGCUGUGGUAAAUAUCAGACUGGUUUCCUGCUGGAUCUGUUCUCCCUUGUGAAGGACUAUGAGACUAAAACAGGUCUGAGAGUCCUUCCAUCAUUACAGUCAGUUUUCCAGUCAGCUCCUGCAGUCUGGUCCAUAAAGCUCUCAGAGAGAAAGACCUCCAUCCUCCUGGAAGUGCUGAAACUCCAAUCAGAGAAGAAACCAGUGGAGCUGACAGGCUGGUCACAUGAAGAGAGUGAAGUGAGGAGUUUCCUGCAGUGUCUGCCUUAUAUCUCACAGCUCAGACUGAGUGAAGAUCAUGUCCAGCAGCUGCUGGUCCUGGUCCAUGAAGUCCAGGACCAGGUCUUGACAUUGUCUUUGUUGAAUGUGGUUUCUGGAGACCUGACCUCCUACAGCCUGAACUGGGAGCUUCUUCACUAUCUGCUGCAGCAGUGUCCAGCUCAGACCAUCACUGUGAACCUGAGGAAGAACCGCUUCUUACAGGAGAGCGCCGCUCGUCUGCUUCCCUUUCUGGGCAGGAUUGUGAUUAAAAGGCCCACUCCCAGCUUGGUGAUGACUUCCAUCAGAGAGCUGUACAGAGCUCACGCCAGUCACAUGGUCCCCAGUUUGCUGAGGUCACUGGAUCAUGUGAUCAACCUGAGCUGCAGAGAGCUGGACUCAGUGGACUCUGCUGCUCUGCUCUUCACCCUCAGACACAGUGACGGAGUUAAAGUGAACCUCCGGUGGGCCUCCAUCCCAGCAGAGGGAACACGGUCCAUCCUCUCUGCGCUGGACAGAGUUUCUGAGCUCAGUGUGGACAGGAAUCAGCUGCUGAGGUUCAUCCACUGCUGUGCUGCCUCUGACGCCCAGCAGGAGGCAGCGUCCGGCCUGCUGAGGACUCUGCAGCACCGCUUGGAUCUGUCCUGCCAGUCCUGUGUGGAUCUACAAGAGGAGGAUCAGACUGAGCCUCUGAGUCUGACUGCUGAUGACUGCAGGGCCGCAUCCAUCGUCCUGAAACACUGCAGCCCGGACACUCAGCUCCACCUGCAGGACUGUGAGGUGGAGGACGGAGGACUGGACCUGCUGUUUUCUGUCCUGGACAGGGUCCGCCUCAGAGUCAGUAAAAGUGUCCUCCUCCAGCUGCUGUCCCUGCUUCCUGUCCACUCUGAGAGGGACACAGUGAGACGGGCCGAGUCCCUGUGUGGAGCUCUGGGUGGAGAGCUGGACCUCAGUCACAGCACACUGGACCAGAGGGUCUGUGGAGGUCUGGUCCAGAUGCUGGACUCCUGUGAAGGACUGACUGAGCUGGACCUCAGUCACUGUCAGCUCAGCGACCAGCUGCUGCUGCCCCUCAUCACACAUCUGCACAAAGUCCAGGUCCUGGAUCUGAGCCACAAUCAGAUCACAGACGCCUCCACAGAUGUUCUCCUCCAGCUGAUCUCCAUCCACUCCUCCAUCCACACUGUGCGACUCUUCAGCAACGACAUCGUGGACAGAAGACCCUUUGAGAAGCACAAGCAGUUUGAAAUGUGGUGAAGCAGUCAGGAGGUCAUGUGAUCAUCAGGGAGGAACUGUUGGAUGUCGUCAUUAAAAGCCUUUUCUCCUCAUGAUGAGAUGAAAACAUGGAGUUCAUUCUGGUCAUCAGUAGUGUGUGAUGUAGAGACUUUAGUUGAAACAAGCUUUGAUUUUGACCACAUUAGAUUCUCUUGUUUUUUACAAUCAAUAAGACGACACUUUAUCUGGAGGUAAAGAGCAGCCAGCAGUGUUUUCUAAAACUUGUUUGACAUUAUUAGUUAGUGGAGCUCAUAUUUCUGUUUGCUACCAUGUAAGGAUGGUCUUAAAAUUAUUAUUUUAUUGUGACAAAACACAGACUGUAACUGUCAGUGUUGUGAACAGGCUGAAGUGAUCUUUUUCUCCUGCUGUGAUAACUGUAUUUAUUCUGGGAGCACAACCACCAAACAUUCAUAUAUUCAGGUCCAGCCCUAGUUGUGAUGUUAUUUUCUAUCUAUGUGCCAUUUGGAGGGAAGUGAAGUACAGUAUAUUUUGUAUGUUUUGUCAGUGGAAGUAGUUUUCACUGAUCAAACAUAAAAGCGUUCCCUUACUACAAGUAUUUGGUUCAAAAGCUUUAUGUUGUGAAAAAAAAGAGAUUUGGAAAUUUGUGUUUCUUGUGCCUUAACUUGUCAUUUUGUAAAGAUGUUGUUUAUUUUUGCUAUUUUUUAUUUUAUUAUUUGGAUGUACCAGAGUCUGCACAUUAUCUUACAUUUUUGCCUGUCUGAUCACAUCAUUUCUAAGAAAUAAAUCGGACAUUACAGUCAAACAGUUA